AUGCUCAACAAGCUCAUCGCCAUCCCUGUCGAGGAAAAGCUGCUCCGUGCCACCGGCGCUGGCCAGGUUGUCGGAAGGCUGAGGAAUUACGAGGACCCCGCUAUUGCAGCCCUCGCCAAAGCUGUGGUUCAAAAGUGGAAGAAGGACGUUAUGGCCUCCAAUUCCCGCUCAAACAGCUCAACACCAAAGGUCACCGCCACUACUUCUGCUGCUGCUGCUGCUGCCACUAACCAAAAACCAAUCCUGACUACCGCCGAUUGGCCCGCGUACCGCCGCCUCGGACAAAGUCUCAGUUGCUUGUCUGGCGAUUCCACGCGCAACAAGUGCAUAGAGCUCCUUUACAACUCGAUUGCCGCCGACUCCGAUGCCGACUCUGAGAUUCUGCUGCAGCGCUCCUCUGGAAUUGAGCUAGUCGAGUUUGAAAAGGCCGAGUCCUCAAUCACCACCACAUACAAAUCCAAAAUCCGCUCGCUUUGCCUCAACCUCCGCGACAAAAAGAACCCCGAUCUGCGCAAUAGCGUCGUCCUGGGAAUCAUUACCCCCAAGCACUUGUGCAAUAUGACCAGCGAGGAAAUGGCCCCCAAGGAGCUCCAGAUGGCCAUCGACAAAAUGAACCAGGAAAACUUGGCCGAUGCCCGCGCCCCAAUUGCUGAGGUUUCAGAAACCGAUAUGUUCCGUUGCGGCCGCUGCGGGAACCGCAGAUGCACAUAUUACCAGAUGCAAACCCGAAGCGCCGAUGAGCCCAUGACGACCUUUGUGACAUGUGUUGUGUGCACCAACCGCUGGAGGUUUAGUUGA